AUGCCGUACAUUCUUGGCCUCAACAGUGGCUCAUCCUUCGAUGGUAUCGAUGCAGUCUUGUGUACAAUUGACAUCGCCGCCGACGGCCAUCCCACUCGUCCUAAAUUUGUGGAUGGAGUCUCAGUAGAUUGGCCAGAAGAACUUCAACCGUUGGUUCUUCGGGCAUUUGCCAAUGAUCUCUCCAUUUUCGAAUUAUGCCGAGUCAACUAUGCCGCUGGAGCGGCGUUUGCAGAAGCGACCAACAAGUUGCUUUCCAAAGUGGGAAUGCAGCCUGAGGAAGUCGAUGUUAUCGGCUACGAUGGGCAGACGAUCUACCAAGAGCCUCCCGACCGGGUGAAGGAAAAAGAAUUCAUCGAAAAGGGAAGCCACAGUUUGGUUGAAAGGUGGACCAAAGGAGGCUUCCCGUGCGGUUUGUUCAUCGUGGAGUCGGGCGUUGUCGCCGCCCUGACCAACAUCACUACGGUGACCCAAUUCAGGCCCAUUGACCAUGCCCUCGGAGGGUCAGGAGCACCGUUAAUGCAGUAUCUCGACUUUUGUUCAUUCCGGAAUGAGGCACCGGUUGUGACAUUGAAUAUCGGGGGCAUCGCCAAUGUGCAGUUGGCUGAUGCCGAUCGACACCAAAUGAUGGCAUUUGACACUGGCCCCGGAAAUGUCAUGAUUGACCAUGUCACGAGGGCCCGAGUCGGCCGGCCUUAUGACAAGGACGGUGAAUUGGCCGCGACAGGAACGGUCAUCCCGACGUUGUUGGCUGCAUUGGAGGGACAUCCAUAUUUCCUUCGGAAACCUCCCCGGUCGGCGUGGCGAUUGGACUUUGGUGCCGCCUAUGCGGAUCGCAUUCUUGAGGAUUACCGAUCGGCAUCGACAGAGGAUCUGCUGGCGACUCUCACAAUGUUCACGGCAAGUUCGAUUGUACGAGCGGUCGCGGAUUUCAUUCUUCCCAAGGCACCAAUCACGAAAAUGAUUGCCAGUGGAGGCGGCACCAAGAACGAGACGCUCAUGGGACAUUUGCGCGAAAAACUGCACCCACAGGGAGUUCAGCUUUGCACCAGUGAUGAAUACGGUCUUCCGGCCCAGUUCAAAGAAGCGAUUAAAUUUGCGACCUUGGCGUACGCCUGUAAAAAUAGUCUGGCCAACAACAUUCCUGCGUGUGGCGGAGCAUCGUCGUUUGCCGUACUAGGAAAAUUGAGUCUGGCUCCACGACUCGCGAAGAACGGGGGCGUGGUGCCAGAGAGUAAGGGGUAA